AUGAGGACGAAACACAAGGCCACCGAGGUUAGACCAUCUGUUCAAGGUUCCCGUCGCCUGAAGACCACAGUUGCACAGGGUACGAAAGGUAACUCUUCAGCGGCUUCCUCAAGCUCGAAAAAACGGACGCCAGCCAAACGAAUAUCGGGUCCUAUGGGUAAUGGGGUGUUCGGGGUACGUGUGUUCAUACCAAGAGACCGCAAUCCUUGUUCACCCGUGCUUCACUUCGAUUUGGAGGAACAUAUCUCCUUCAAGCUCACUUUAAAAAAAAUCAGAGGGUGUGGAAACAACGACAUAUGUGCUACAUGGUAUAACAAAGCAAUGCACGACACGGUGAAAGCAAAGGUGAAAGAAUCUGGAUUUUUGCCCUUUUUGUCAAUACUGGGACAUGGAAAGAAAGGGGAUAGGCCAUUACUUGUGGCCUUAGCUGAGAGAUGGUGGGACACUACCCACACAUUCCACUUCGAUGAAGUUGGAGAGAUGACAAUGACCCCGACGGACUUCGCAGCUAUCACAGGAUUGCGUGUUGGUGGGAAGCGAUUAACGUACGACUUGGACAUUUACAGAAACAAGAACAAGGUGGUGAAAUUGUUUGGGAAGCCAAUUGCAGACCUACUGGCAGGGGAAAGGAGAGUGCCGUAUGAAAGCCUUUGCACUCCGUACUGGAAGAAGAAUCCGAAAGAUGAUAAAGAAGCUGACCAAAUUGCAAGGGCAUUUAUACUGUGCUUGAUUGGCUCCUCAUUCCUCAAUGACAAGAGCCAAUACGUGAGUAUGCACUACGCCCCCUGUCUGGAAAUAGUCUCAGACAUUGGUAAAUACGACUGGGGCGGUGCGGCGUUGGCUUGCUUGUAUAGAUCAUUGGAUUCUUGUUCCAGGGGCAGGUCAUCAAGCAUGGGCGGGUAUUGGAGGGCAUGGGAGGUAUGGGCUUGCGAGUACCUAAAGCCGUUUGCUUUAUCAAGGCCCAGUGGGACCUUGAACACGUGGCCCAGAACAUUGAGGUGGGUUGGUGCAAAAUCAAAGCGGGACUUGCAACAUCACUUGGAACAUUUUAGAGUGAUGAUGCGACAUCUAACAAAUGAUCAGGUUAAUUGGAACCCAUGGGGGACCAAUGAAUCCGACAUGCCGGAAGCCGUCAUAAAUAGUGUGUCGGCAACCCGUAAACGAAUCCUACUUGAGGGACCAGCUGGUUCAGCCUGGUUUUUGGGAGAGCGAGUCGCAAUGCAAAGUUUAGGCACCACAGAACCUCAAGUACCCAAAAUUCCACCGACGACAAUGCUUUCUGAUUAUAAGCUAACUGAUGAGGCAGAAGUCAGGGAAGCACUGAAUGGGUACCCCGCUUCAGAAUGGCUUGCAAAUUCAUCCAACUAUGGCCACUACAGAGAUGAGUACAUAAGGUACCGCCACUAUGAGGACUUGCGUGAAGCGGAAGGAGAAGAUCGAAAUCUCGUAGGGGCCAAUAUCAGGGUAGGAAACAUCUCUCCUCAGCUAUGGUCAGUGCGAAUACCAUGCUGGGCAGCCGAAAAUGGAAGUAAACUUGUGCGGAUACCGCGUGGCCAAGAUAGCCUUGAUCUACCAUUACCUGCUGGUGUGACACAUGUAACUGCUGAAGCUGCAACCGAGAUUUUAGAGCUGAAUGCUGGGUUGAAUGCCGUACUUUUUUCAACUUCAUUGGAAGCAAGCAUAGAGAUCAGUCGCCUACGGCAAGAGAUUGAGAAAUUGAAGAACACCUCGGGAACAACCAUUGCAAGUUCAGGUAUUGGUGAAGACGUCAUAGAUGAUGAUGCAGAACAUGAGUUUCGCACAAAAUUUAAAGCUGACCACCUAGGUACAAAAGGGAAGACAAAAAUUGUGAUACCAGAAGAGCAUGAAGAAGAUGAGGAAGAGGAAGAAGAAGAGGAAGAAGAGGAAGAUGAAGAGGAAGAUGAAGACGAUGGUUGGAUCGACGAGACAGACGUUGGGGAUGAGGAUGAGCAAGCCGAUGAGGACGAGGUUGGGGAUGAGGAUGAGGAAGCCGAUGACGGCGGGGCCGCAGCAAAGGGUAAUCUGACUGCAGAACAAGACUCCCCACUCCAAAAAGGCAAAGUUCAGAAAUGUCUUCGUCCACGUACCCCAAAGAGAAAGAAAACCAAGUAA